GUCAUGACCAGUGACACCAUAAUUUUUCUGUCAAGUUGUUGUCCUGUUUUCUGCCUAAUUUUGGAGAUCUAAUAUUAGAUCGUCCGACGACAACAGGGGCAAGGGGUGUGUACAUGUGCUGACCAAGGUAGCUAUGGAACAUGCAGAGGCAACUGACGGACAUGCAGAACAACCAACCAAUCAGGUCACAGGAAACGUAGAGGCUUCUGCCCUUGCACAGGAGGACUGUCAAAUGGACCAAUCACAUGACAGUAUAGCUUGCAAUCAACCAAUAGCUGGUGUGACCAAUCAUAACAAAGUAAUGCCAGCAGAUGGAGGCAAAGCUGACCAAUCAGAGGGCAGUGAUGCAGGAGCCCUAGCUGCAAUGUUACAGGCUCAUGCUGACCUGCUAUUGGCCAAUGCGUACGAGCUACGGGAAGAUGGAGUGAUGUGUGAUGUUGUGCUCAGUGCAGAUGGCCAAACACUACAUGCUCAUAAACCCAUCUUAAUUUCAAGUAGUCUCUACUUCAAAGAAAAGCUAGACAGUACAGAAAUUAAAACCCUAGAAGUUGAUAUCCUUCCCUUUGAAAAACUGCAAGUAAUGGUGGAUCUGUUGUAUGGUCGAGUUUUACCGAAUACAAACCUGUCGAACAGCGAAGUGUACAAGAUGAUCAAGAAUCUGGGGAUCCUUUGCGGGAAUGGGAUCACGACUCGGCGCGACUUCGGGCGUUGCUUGCAGUUGCACCACGCGGAACCGCUGCUUCAAGGUCUGAGCGAACUCCGAGACAAAGAGAAGUACACAGACUUCACCAUCAAUACUGACUGCGGCAGCAUCAAAGUUCACAAACUGGUUGUAGCCAGUUGCAGCGAUUACUUCAAGGCCAUGUUCACAUCAGGAAUGAAAGAAGCCACCAUGGAUCACAUCGACCUCUCUGGGGUCAACGGCGAAGGGUUACGGUCGCUGAUUGAUUUCAUGUACACUGGGAAGAUGGACCUAUCUGGUGAGAAAGCCCUCCGACAGUUAGAACUAGCCACUUACCUACAGGCUGUAUCUGCCAUAGAUCUCUGCUGCAAUUCUUUCAUCCAGUCUCUGAACCUGAAGAACUGUAUGGAAAUGCAGCAAAUUGCCAUGGAGUAUUGUUCUCCAAGGUUAGAAGCUGCCUUCUGUGACUUAAUUGCUAGGAACUUCAAGGCAUUCACCAGUUCUGCAGAUUUCCACAAGCUUACAGUGGGGCAGAUGGAAACCAUCCUUAGUAGUAGUUCUUUGCGGGUGGAUCAUGAAGGCCAGGUGCUUUUUGCCGCGUGCAAAUGGCUGCGUUACGAGUACGAAGGUUCUCGGAUGCAGCACGCUCUACGACUGAUGAAGAGGGUUCGAUUCCCGAUCAUGAGUAACCGACAGUUGAUGAUCGCCGGGGAGGGACCCGCACGAGCUAUCUUCGACAAAGUGCCGGAUUGUUUCAGCCUCGCUGAAGCUGGAGUCAAGUACAACGAAGAGAUCUCUCGUCAACCUCUUGUCAGGUCGCAGGAAACAAGCAUACGCUCGGACUUCAAGACGGUAGUUGUCUUCGGCGGUUCCCAAGAAAGCAACCAAACUGCCAACGUGUAUUAUCUGUACCCGCCAACGAAAGAGUGGAAACGGCUUGGGAAGGUCCAACUGCCACAAGCGGUAAGCUACCACAGCUGUGCUGUUAUUAAUAACUUUGUCUACAUCGCAGGAGGAGAAUCCAACGCUGUGUUCGGCUACCACUCCGCCAUGAGUUCAGUAUGGCGGUUUAUGCCUAACUGGCAGGAUGGCCGCCACGGCCGCUGGUACCGCGCCGCCGACAUGCGCGAGAAUCGGACCGACUUCUACCUGGCAGCAACCAAUGAUCGCUUGUACGCGGUGGCGGGUAGAAACGGCAACCACGAGCUGUCUUCGGUGGAGGUUUACGAUCCCGAAACGAACACGUGGGACUUUGAGGUGAGCCAGCUGGAGAGUCCCGUAUACGGACAUGCAGGGGUCGUUCACGAUGGCGUGAUCUACGUAUGCGGCGGUGGAUUCAUGAAUGAGUAUCGGGCAGACUUGUGGUGUAUGAACCCCCACAGCACGCAGGGGUGGUCCCAGAAAGCAUCCAUGCGGCGUCCUCGUGCCUUUCACCACAUGUCAGCCGUCGGAGACUGCCUGUACGCCAUGGGAGGGUACCAGAACUCAACAGGGGAAGACAUCGCCUUCUACAUGCACUUUGCCGUGGCGGAUGUCUUUGAUGUGGAGUGUUACAACAUCCGCACGGGCCAGUGGACUUCUGUGCAAUCUCUGGUAGCACCACAAACCGGAGGUGCCAGCAUCACAUACAAUGGGGAGAUCUACCUGCUGGGUGGUUGGUCCUUCAGCGUCGAGCCUUACUGUACCCUUUCAGACGUCCACACCUACAACCCCACGCGGAACAGCUGGCAACGUUUCACCCAACUCCCCGAGAAACUGGGCGGGUCAGGGUGUUGCGUCAUCACCCUCCCACAAUCCUUUGGGAGGUGCAUGUGUGAAGAAGAGGAAGAGGAGUGCUACAUCCACCCUCCAACCAAUCACAGACAAGCUGGUGAUGAUGAUGAUGAUGAUAGCAAUGAUGAUGAUGAUGAAGAGGAAGAUAAUGUUGAAGAAACAGAUCAAGAAGUGCUUGUAUAAUUUGUUGAGAAGAAAUUUGUUUUCUCUUAAAACAUUUGAUACCGACUAAAAUCAAAGCUUAAAAGUAAAGAACAUCAACUUUAUAUGAUUAAGCUUAAUAUGAUUACAUGUAUGAAUACCUUUUAAUACGUUUACCGAAGGAAAACACAUUGUUUUUGCUCUGUUUCUUCUUCCGUUCCAAACACU